AUGACGGGAACAGAUGGCCAACCAGUCACCGCCACGACAUCACGUGACGAAAUUGUUGUGAAGAACGCCAGCUCAUCCGACGUCGAGAACAGCGUAUAGAGAAAGGCAAUGGCGAAUUUGGUUUUCGAUUCACCAGUUACUUUAGUUGUAAAGACUCCUAACCAAAAAGUGGACGAUUUAAGAAUAGACUGUGCACUGGAGUGGUCGGUAGAACAACUAAAGCGACAUCUUUCUAGCGUUUAUCCAACAAAACCGGUGAGAUUUUGACUUCCGUUUGAUAACUGCGUUUCAAGCCACUAAUUGUUGGUGAAAAUGCUGAUUUCUUGUUUUUCUUUUUUCAAAGGAAAGCCAGCAUCAAAGACUCAUUUAUUCGGGGCAGCUGCUCAACGAUAGUUUAAUUCUAAGAGAUGUGCUGCGAGAGGUAAGAAUCAAUGUUCGAUAAACGUAAAUAAACAGUUGAGAAAAUCUCCAUAUUUUCUUAACUUCCUUCAGCGAGGACUACGCUUUAUCCAGCAGCUGAGCACACAUGCAAACUCAAUCACAUUUUAGUUCUAUGUUCAAGCGGAGUUAGUGAUUUAAGAUAGAAUGAUUUGCUUCGUGUAGGUUAAGACUAACAUGCGUUGUAAGUAAGCAUUCAUGUAAACGAACGUAAAAUUAGUCAGGUUCAGGUUUAUAAGCAUAUUUCAGUAAUAUAUAUAAAGACCUCUGUCUUGAUUUGCAAAGUUAUAAUUUGUUUCCAGUGAUUUAAGAUUGAAACAUUUUGCAUUUUCCGCAAAGAAGCUCAAUAGGCAUACAUUCCUUAAAAUGUCGUGGCAAAAAAUGUGUUGAGCUCAAGCUGUCUGUUUGAUUUGAAAAAAAAUAGACUUGAGCUGUCCCAAAUAACAAUUUUUAUGAGCGAGCACUAGCAGCAUAAAGAGUGUGUGGGUGCCUCAAACUAAGUGUUAACUACAAAAAACAAAAGAAUGCUGUUUUAUUUACCAAAUUGAAUGCUAAUUUUUGCCAUAAUACAUGUAUAUAUUGUAUAAACCUAACAAUCUCAAAUGUUGAAACCUGGGUCUCGCUGUCUCCCAAAGUGUUGAGUUUACCAUUCUAUACAGGUCCCUAACCUACUGUAGCUAGGAUAAGCCUUGGUAGGUCAUUGAUAAUACAAUUUGAUAGGUUGCCGAGGAAAGCGUAGAAACAAUCGAAAAAUCCACACUGUAUAGCUUCUAAUGGGAAUAGCUGCUUACUUUGGAUAUAGCAGACAGGAGGGUUCAAAUUCAUGUAGAUUUUCAAGCUUGCGGAGCAGCUUGUGGGCUUCUGUAUCCUGGAGUAAAAGCAGUUCUGUUUGCUUUGGUAAGAGAUACAUGUAUGGAGCAGGUGUUCGCUAAGUAGUCCCAGUAAACAGCGUGCAAAGAAAGUACUUUCCGAUAGCCUGGGGCUAGAGGAUAUUGCUAUCGGGCUAGUGACUCUUGUUCUGAGCUUGCCCAAUGGGCAAGUGAAGUUUUUUGAGAAUUCAAAUUACAGAAGGACUGUGUAUUCAAACCUGCUCAACAAAAAGCUUUUAGGGCUAGUUUAAGUGAUGUUUGGGCUAGUACAUGUACAUGCCUGGCUACAGCUAGCCUGAAUGGCAAGCUGUAAAACUGACUUUCUUUGCACCCUGCAGUAAAGGAAUUUAAUAAAAUAAUGUUCCUUACUGUCUGGCACAGCUAUGACAUAACUUUCUCAAAAGGUUUUAUUUGCACUGUUGCAUCACAGAUGUUUUUGGAUGCAGACUUGAUACAUGUAGGUACAAUGUAGAACCGUAUAUUAGAACUCUGCUGGAAAUCAAAAACAAGAAGAAAGUUAAAGUUUGUUUGUUUGUUUGUUUGCUGACAGCAUGAGGAAGGCAAGCAGCACACUAUGCAUCUUGUUUGUCCAAUGGCUGUGGAAACAAAGUCAAACAAAGAGUCUCGAGUAACAGUAAGUAUGCCCAUAUAGAAUGCACAGAUAACAUUUUAUUUCUCAUGCUUAAAAUUUUCACCCCAAGGAUUCAUGUGAUCUACAAGUAAGACAUAAAGCCUGUGGAAGCAAAAACGUUUGUUGCAUAGCUUGUAAUAAUAUGAACUGAACUGAAAACUUUAUAAAUGUCUUGUAUCUUCUCGGCGGUUACAUGUACACCUGUAGCCUACUAAUCAGUUACGCCCAAUAGUUAUUAUUAUACUAGUCAUAACCAAAGGUUACAGAGUGCGGGCGACAAUGAUUGAAGGUCAAAACACUUUUGCUCUAGUACUGUGUUUUGCACAAGUUUUAUGUGACAGAUGGUCAAAAAUGCACGUGAUCAGAUUUCGAGUAAUAGAAGGUCCGAACGCGCGUGAUCAAAAUGUGUUCUGUGCAUUCCGUACAUUCUUAGUGGAAGUCCAAAUGAAUGCUGGCGUGCAAAGAAAGUCGCUUCCGAUAGCCCAGGGCUAGUGGAUUUUGCUAUCGGGCUAGUGGUUUUUGUUCUUAACUUGCCUGAUGGGCAAGUGCUGUUUUUUGGGAAAUUCAAACUGCAGAAGGGUUGUAAUCAAUCCUGCUAAUCAAAAGGGUUUGGGGGCUAGUUCAAAUGACGUGUGGGCUAGUACAUACUAGCUACAGUUUGCCCGUAUGGCAGGCUGUGAAACUGGCUUUCUUUGCAGCUUGCUACAUACAUGCGACACAUGUGUAAUAACAACCUGGAGAUUAGGAUUGCAGGCUCCUUUUGUCGCCGACAAUUAAUCAGAUUUUAUUGUUCCUGUUUGAGUGCGUAGUUUUUUAACUUCAGGGAUCACAUCUUCAUGCUACUUGUACUUUCAAUCAUUCUCUACCUUUAAUGAUAUAGCAGUACCGUAAAACUUUUAAUAAUCCUCUUUUUCAUUACUGAAUGUCCUGAAUAUAAUAGUAAGUUGAUGUGACCUGAAUUCUUGAUCAAGAAUUUACUUUGAUUUCAGAGUGGGCCCAGUGUUCCAAACACCAGUAGCAGCACUUCAACAAGUUCAACUUCCUCAACACCCGCUAUGUCCCAAACUAACACUGAUGGCCUGCGAUACAGAGGACCUAACACACCAAACUUUCCUCAGUUUCCUGUAUACCAGUGAGUUUCCAUUAUUUCCGGAAUUUGAAAACAAUUUCAGCCAUGUUUUGUCUGUCUUUGCUGAAAAGGAAGUAAUGCUACUUCCUAGAAACAUGUAAAAUAAUACUACCUUUCAAGUGUCUAUGAGACCUUCUCACACACUCUGAAGUAUUCAUCACACUCUAAACGAAUGUGACACAACAGUUUGAAAGCAUUUGUUUGGUAAGAAUAUUAACUUAGCAAUGAACAUGCAUGACUUAAGGUUCCAUUGUUUUAUUAAGAACUAAUCAACAUGCAUCUUCAAAAAUGUCUACAUGUAAUGAAUUGGUUAGUUAUUGAAUUUAUUUUGUUGCUAUUUGAUAAAUCAUAGCCAGCAAAUGCCCCAUGCCACAUACAAUUUUCCUGUCCAAGGACAAGGGUUUGCUAUGCCUCCAUUUGUGGCACCGCCAUACUGGAUGCAACAGAUGCUUGCUCAGCAGAUGGCACAAGGAAGAUUACCUCAACCUAACAUGUAUUUUCCACCAAACUAGUAAGUGUAUUAUUAAGUAACUAUAUUAUUUUGCCUUAAGGCAUUUUGCUCAGUACAGCUUUCCAUGGAUCUGUUGGAAGAACUGAUGUCUUCAGGGACUGUUUAAAUCCACAUGUGUUCCUGUAUGUACAGGGAAAACUUGAGCUACACAUGUACAGUGUAACAGUACACUUUCCAAAGGUUAUUCAGAACAAUACAUAAACCCUUAAAAACUGAUACAUGUUCCUGUGAGAGAACUUUUAUAUUAUAUUAUUAUAGUAUUUUUUAUAUUAUUUAACUGCAGCAGGAUUAGCUGAGUCGGUACAGCACUUGACUGCAGAGCAGGAGGUCAUAGGUUCAAUUCCCGGGGCGCGACUAGUACUCAGGGCCUUAAAAUAACUGAGAAAUGAAAGUACUCCCUUUGCACUGCAAGUGGCAAGACCUUCAUCACGUAAAAUGGCAGUCCUGUCUCCAUUAGGAGACAUAAAUAUAGUGUCCCCAAUUAGUACUUUCAUGCUAAAUACAUUGACACUCAAAGAUAGUGCAUUUUAUUUAGUUAUUAUUUUUUUUUAUAUUUUAACCAAAAAUGAGGUUAUUAUUAUCUUGCCUGCUCCCUUACACUUUGCUAAGGUGUCUUUUUUCCAUUCACAACAUGUCAUAGGCUGUGCAAAAACAUUUUUGUGUUGGUACACUGUACUGUAUAGUCCUUAGACCCCACCACCUUCACUGAGUUCUACAUGUGCAGCUGUUAGACCUUCUUGUCAUGUACAAAGUUCACAUACAUGUAUUAUGUGCACUGUAACAAGAGGCGCUAUCAUUAACUUUUAAUUUUCCAAGAUUAACAUGAUACAUUUGCGUUUCUAUUUUUCUAUCUGCAGUGGUUAUCCACAAAUGCUCUACCCUUGGUACCAACCUCCUGGAAAUGUCCCUGUACCUCAAGCACCUUUAAUAACACCUCCACAGACACCCCCUCCUCCUCAACAGGCUGCUGCUCAGCCUGCACAGGCACCCCAGCCACAAGCUAAUGAUAAUGCCCAAGCAAAUGCCAAUGCAGGGCCUUUGUUUGAUGAUGAAGAUGAGGAUAAUCCUAAUCGUGAUUGGCUGGACAAGAUUUAUACCCUCUGUCGUAUAGGAAUCUUGAUGAGCAUAUUUUGGUUUUACUCAUCGACUAGUAGAUUCCUCUUAUUGGUUGUCACCUUUCUGUUAAUCUAUUUGUACCAGUCUGGGAUUCUUAAUAUCUUCCGAAGAAAUGGUGGUAAGCGCGAUCCUCAAUACACUUUUUGCUACAUAUACAGUCUACUAACAUUAAGUAAAAUCCAACGAGUGGUCUAUUAUCAAUGCUGCGUUCUGAUUGGUUGAGCUACUACUAGGAUAUAUGUUAUACCCCACUAGUAGCGAAAAGUGCUGGAUUUUUGGCGGCAAAAAAGGAUUUAAGUCUUGCUUUAAGUUGUGUUGUCUCGAUAUUUUUGACCAACUACUUGGAUUUUACUAAAACAAUAUUCCUCUCGUCCUCAUGGCCUCUGAGUCAAUAGCCCAUUCAGCCUUCGGCCUCAUGGGCUAUUGACUCAGAGCCCAUUCAGGCUUGAGGAAUAAUUGUUAAAAAUACAGUGUAUGUAGAAGUUAGUUAGACCUUCUAUACUAGACAUUACUGAUGUGCUAAUCACAAAGUCAGCCAUCAAUGAUUGUUACAGAAAUGUUUUUUAAAUUAACUUAAUUAGUGAGUCAACAUUAACCAACCUUACACACUGUAUACAGUAUACUAAUAAUGUUAUGAGCGACAGGAGAGAGUGGACGACACUACAACAAAAAGAAGGAAAAAGAAAAAAGUAAACAAGUGAAAAUGAGAUUUAAAAAACAGUCUAAAGAUGAAUGCUGUUAAGUUGACCACAAUUCCUUUAAUGGACACCAUCUCAAAAAAGAGCAGGUUAUAUGAGCAGACUUAUUUGCCUAUGGCUUCUUAGAAAUAGUGUUCAUUGUUUGGUGUUGAUACCAUCAGACAUGAGGUUAUUGUUCUUUUAGGGUGACGAAAUAUACUUACUGUACAUGUACAUGUAUAUCUUAACACAUGAAUACUUAAUGCGUAAAAACAAAGAGCAGUGUCGCUGUUGGGAUGAUAUGUUAAUUUACAGUUACAAGAACAUUAUAAAUGUGAUCUAUUUUUUCAGAAAACAACCGGCAACAAGUUCCACUUCAAGCACCAGCAGAACCUCAACCACAACCAAGACAAGAUACUAAUGUAAGCAUUUGCUAAAGAUAAACUCCAGCUUUCUCAAUAACUUUAUUGUACAGGCAUAGGUCAAAUAAGUGAAAAUCUUGUUGAACACCAUGUUGCGCAUCAUGCACAAUUGUAGAGUUUACAUUAUUGGGCUCAAAAUAACAGCCAGUCAACAGACAAUGUCUGGCAAAGAUGACCAUUUGUCCUAACAAACUUAUGGUUUGCAAUUCAUUAUAAUGGGACACAUUGUUACACGCAACGAGAAAAAAUACAUUUUCAUACCAUUACAUUUAGAGGAACAGCAUCCUUUUUUUAAUUAUUAAAUAUAUUUUUUCUUGUUAAGCUAGUACAUUCAAGUUAUUGUUGUGUUAUGUCAAACAUUUUGACCUGUCAGAGCCUGAGGAGAGUCAUGUCCAAGCGAAAGUUUUUUUGGCCGGUCAACAUGACUGGCAACAGUUCCAAAUUUAUUUAUUUUGAUCUCUGACAUUAUCCAACAAGCAGUUGAUGAUUAUCCUGUAUUACAUGCAGGCCCCUAACAGAUCACCAGAUGAUGCAACUGAUGGUAACACAGAAGAGAAUACAGUCGAAGACAGUGAACGCGAUGAUGCCAAUGACACUACAGAACCACCGGCCCCUCCUCCCCCUCCCCCAGGACCAUCAGCGGCAACUGUAGCUUAUAACUUUGUCACUUCAUUUUUUACGUCACUGUUUCCCACUGGACCAGCUGUCCAGAACUGA